AUGCUAGGGAACCAAGAAGUCGUCGCCCUCUCUUCCAUCCUCAAGAUCCUCAAGUUCGAGGUGUUCGAUGAAAGGACUCCCGGUGCCAGAGAAGCCAUGGAAGCCAUUGUUACUGCCAUCAUAGGUUGCCGACUCGAGAAAACUGAUCCGGUGUCUGAGGACGCCGUUAUGAUGAAGAUUCUUCAGGUUCUUGCAAAUCACUUAUUACUCUCCAAAGAAAACGACGAAUCCAUCAACAAUCUCAACUCCGUGGCAACUCAGCUCUUAUCCUCUGUGCUUGUCGACCGUUCUGCGAGCGGCAGACCUCUCCUCUCUUAUGCUAAUGAUGUUUGGGUUGACAAAAGCCUAUCUAUGAAGCCUUCCUUCUCACAAGUUUUGGAGAAUACUUACAAGCCCACUUUGGCUUCACUUGAUUUCACUAACAAGGGUGAAAUAGCGAAGGAGAUUAACUCAUGGGCUGAAAGGGAGACGAAAGGCGUUGUUAUGUGGAAGAGAAGAGGAAGGUUUUUAUAA